AUGGCGACAAUCCCAGCAUGUGCAUUUACUUUGGAAGUCAAUACAAUUGGUGAUACUAAGAGUUCCGUAUUCACAAUGAUUGAUAACAUUUUAUUCACACCGGCGUUUAUUGAUGAGAUUGACAUGAUGUAUCCGCGAAUUUUGAAGAAAUUAAAUAUCAACCCUUUCACCCAAAGUUGUGCAAGAUUUAUUUCAGCAACUCGUAAAAACCAACAGAUAGAAAAGAUUUGUACGGACUUAAUUUUUGAAAUGAGGGAAGAACGUAAUAUCCAAGGGCCGAAAAGAACGGAAGAGGAAACUGAAAUGACUUUAGAAAUAACAAAUGAUAUAAUCGCUGCACAGGCGCUUGAAUUUUAUGCAGCUGGGUAUAAAACGGUUUGA